UUUAAGAUUAUUUAUUGUUUAUUUAAUUGCUAUUUAACUAUUCUUUAUUUAUUCGAUUUGAUGUCUUCUACAAGCUGUACUUCUGUAAAAAGUGGCAACUCAUCGGAAGAUGAAAAUUAUUUUAUUGGUCAAUUUUCAAUUCGAAUUAAUAAAGAAACCGGGAUAACAUUUUUUGAGCGCAGUUCUAAGAUGAUAAUUAAAAAAAUGACCAGAGAUUCUUGUUUUUCUGGUCUUAUGUUGCUUGGAGAUGAGUUUUUGACUGUUGAUGAUAAGGCAUGUUUGCAUUGGUUUAGUUAAAACAAUAUCUUCUAUUUUCAGCCUGCAGUGAAUGUUAGUCAAUUAAAUGGGAAAGUGUCUAUUAAAUUCCGAAGGGACAGACGUUACAAAAUUACUUUACUUAAGAGAGAGGGUAAUGAUCAAAAACCUGGCUAUGAAUUUAUUUAUCUCCAAUUUAAUUGGCAGAAACGCUUAGGAAUGGGGAUCCAGAUUGUUCAAGAGGGUCAAAAUAUUAUUGUUUCCAUGGUUGAACCCAACAGCUUAAUAGCGAUGUAUGUUUUUGUUGAUGAUAGAUUUGUUGACGUCAAUGAUGUGCCCAUGUUUGAUGUUGAGACAAUAAAAAAUGCUUUUCGUCAUUGUUUCGCGAAUAGUUUACCCAUUAAAGUAAAAUUAGAGAGAAAAAUUGCAGUUACUGAAAAGGUGCCAAAUGACGUCCUACAAAUUUUAGAACGAAGAAACGGUUUUUGGUGCAAACCUUGUGCUGUAAGUUCGAUUGCUGAUGUGGAUGAUAGCGAAUAUAAAGUUUAUCAUGUAAAAAGCGUAGAAUCUGUUACAAUUGCGUUUGAUGAUAGUGGGAAGAAGUUAAAAAAGACACCAAGCCCUAGCGGAAGUAGUAGCGGAAGUAGUAGUAGCUUGGACAAGAAUAAGAAGAAGAGAAAGAAACGUUGA